AUGCGCCUCACCAUUAAGGAAAUUUUUUCUGCUCUUCAUGCCGCUGCUGCUACCUGCGCAGCUGCACCGACAGAGGAACCCUCCUGGAGAGAUUUGAUGUCUUCCUUUGAAAGUACAAAUCUGACAGACUUCAUUCAUUUGGGUGAUGACCGGGUUCUGAGACACUUCAACGAAUCGGGCGCUGUUCUUAACUAUGCACCACUGAGCCCGCAGCAGAUCAGCCAGGCGCUUUCCGAUACUUCCUCACGCGACGCCUUGGAAGACAAGGAACGUUUUUCCGAAGUAUUCAGUGGUGUGGAUGGUCGUACUGUCAGGACUCCGGCUCUCCUAAAUCCACCGGAGGAAAUUUACCCAACAAACCUCCUCAACGCCAAAAGCCAUCAGAUACGUUCGAAGUUCCGCGAUUUGAUCUCGGUCUGGGCCCAAGACAACAUUGUGCUUCUCGUGCUUGCACUCCCAAGGACAAUUGUAGGAAGUAUGCAGGAUGCACACGUUGUUUCGUUAUAG